CAGAAUCCGUGCCCCAGAGCAAUUCAAUUAAUCCUACGUCAGGUCGCAGUUCACCGUUUCUUCCUCCAAAUCGGAUAUCUACUCCUGAACCUCAUCAGAGAAUUCCUACUGGGCAUAAUUCACCACGCAUGCACCGAGGGAACUCCGCGCAAGAAGCAAUGAUGCAUCAACACCAGCAACAUCAUCAACAUCAGCAACAACAGCAGUAUCAGCACCAGCACCAGCAGCACCAGCAGCAUCAUCAUCAACAACAACAACAGCAACAGCAGCUUCAACAUCAACAACAUCAACACCAGCAGCCGCAACAUCCGCCCCAUCAACAUCAACAGCCGCCGCAACAUUCACAGCACCCACCACCACACCCCCAAUAUUCUCAACACCCUCCGCCUCCUCCCCCUCCUCCUCAACUCCACCGAGCAAUGCCACCCCCAAGCUCCCCCCACCACCGGUUCUUUGGCGCCCCCGCAGUCACAACCACAGCCGCCCAGACCGCCUCCUCCUGGACACCACCACUCAUCGGGCCCUGCGCAUUCUUUUUUCCACCCAAGGACUAGUUGGGGUUCAUGGGCGGAUUUUUCCUUCCUUACCGAGCCUUGCCAAGCACGGACCGGUCAUGGCAAUUUAUUUGAUGUUGGGGACUGGCGAUCUCUCCGCGGCCGCCUAAUCCACAAACGGUGUACAAUAUAUACUCAUCAGUUGCCAGCCGCCCCUUCUGGACAAGCGGAGUUUUCCCCAUUGAACCGCCCCUACACUCCAGAUCUUAACGGCCCUACAACUACGUCUGGUCCAGAUAGGAGCAGGGAUGUCAGCAGCAACUCCGCUAGCCCGAGCACCGCACAUGCUCCGUUACCGGGCGUCCCGGGAUCCAAAAGCAGUAGAAUAACUCCGCCAGAACAUGCGCGCGGAGGCCAUCAGCUACUAUAUCACCCACCACCCCCUCCUCGUGACCGUGAGCAUAACGAUAUGCUUGCUAUGCAUAGCCCGCCACCCAGGCCUAUGUCGCAGCCAAAUAACCAAAGCAUAUCCAGCGUUCUUCAGGAGAGUCAGGGCCCUAGAGGACAUGUGCGAAGCGAAAGCCAUGGAGAUAGGUAUAGUGGAUAUUCUAAGGGAGGAGAUAAGGCACGAGAGGAAUUGCGUGAGCGUGAGGCCCGGGAAAGAGAUUUCGAGAUGGGCAAGGAGCGUCACAUGUUGAGAGAAAGGGAUAUCGAUCGCGAACGCGAGCUA